CAUUUAGAUCAAGACUCUCUAAAUAUUUCAGAAAAAUAUAAGAAACAAAAGAAAAAACUAUCAAGAAUGGAAUCAAACAGCUUGUGGAUGCCAUCGUCAGACCCACUACGGGUACAGGGCGUGUGGUGGAGGAGAGGCCAGAAGCAGCAGAUCCACCUCUUGGGCUUUCUCCAAUCUUUGAAUUCCAACAACGGAAUGCUUCCUCUCUUUUCCCUUUCUCUCUCUCUCUCUCUCUCUCUCUCUGCUUCUGGGUAAGUCUGCGAUUCUGUUUGUCCUCUUACUUGUGUAAUUAGCCUCCUCGUGUUUUCUUUUCUGUAUAAUUGGGAAAGCUUUGUGAAGUACGUAGCGUCAAAAUCAGUUCCUUCCAGGUGCCGCCAUCUUGUUGCCGAUACUUUUUUCACCACUGUUUGGUGAAUCUGCUUCAGCUUCAGUUCACCUCACUCUGUUCGGUUUCUGAAAGUUAAAAAAAUUCGUUAGUUGCUGGGAGUUGGUGAUUUUGUUGGGAAAUUGGGGAAAUUCUUGAAACCCAGAUUGUGUACUCUCGAGGGUAUUAGGGACCCAACUGAGGCUGACUUGGUGUAGUCGUAACCCAUAUUUCAAAUUUCAUGGGUACUUUGCUCAAGACACAUAAUAAGCUUGAAUUCCUUCACCCUCUUCACGGGUUUGUGGAUAAAGCUUGUAGUUUGAAUCAUUUGAAGCUCCAGAGUCAGGAACCUAGAUUUGGUCCCAGAAAACCUAAUCUGAAAUGGAGAAAGAACGGUUCUGUUAAGGCCAGUAGUGCUGCCCUUUUGGAACUUGUCCCUGCAACCAAGAAGGAAAAUCUCGACUUUGAGCUUCCCUUGUAUGACCCCUCAAAGGACCUUGUGGUGGACCUUGCAGUUGUGGGAGGUGGGCCUGCAGGGCUUGCAGUUGCUCAACAAGUUUCGGAGGCCGGGCUUUCGGUCUGCUCGAUUGAUCCCUCUCCCAAAGUGAUAUGGCCAAAUAACUAUGGUGUUUGGGUGGAUGAGUUUGAGGCCAUGGAUUUGCUAGACUGCCUUGAUACUACCUGGUCCGGUGCUGUGGUCUACAUUGAUGAUCAGUCUACCAAAGAUCUUGAUAGGCCUUAUGGGAGGGUUAACAGGAAACAGCUGAAAUCAAAGAUGAUGCAUAAGUGCAUACUAAAUGGUGUUAAGUUCCAUCAGGCAAAGGUCAUAAAGGUUAUUCACGAGGAAACAAAGUCUUUGUUGAUUUGUAAUGAUGGCAUCACCGUUCAGGCUUCUGUAGUUCUUGAUGCAACUGGCUUUUCCCGAUGUCUUGUUCAAUAUGAUAAGCCCUACAAUCCGGGAUACCAAGUGGCUUAUGGGAUUUUGGCCGAAGUUGAAGAACACCCAUUUGAUGUGGAUAAGAUGGUUUUUAUGGAUUGGAGAGAUUCCCAUCUUAAGAACAAUACACAGCUGAAGGAGAGAAAUAGUAGGAUCCCCACUUUUCUCUAUGCCAUGCCCUUUUCAUCUGACCGCAUCUUUCUUGAAGAAACCUCCCUUGUGGCUCGUCCUGGAGUACCUGUGGAAGAUAUUCAGGAAAGAAUGGUGGCUCGAUUACGGCACCUGGGCAUAAAAGUGAAGAGCAUUGAAGAGGAUGAGCAUUGUGUGAUUCCUAUGGGAGGACCUCUCCCGGUGCUCCCUCAACGAGUUGUUGGCAUUGGCGGUACUGCUGGAAUGGUCCACCCUUCAACUGGAUAUAUGGUAGCAAGGACUUUAGCAGCUGCUCCAAUUGUGGCCAACUCAAUAGUUCAGUACCUUGGUUCUGGAAGACACCUUUCAGGAAAUGAUUUGUCAUCGCUUGUUUGGAAAGAUUUGUGGCCCAUACAAAGGAGACGCCAAAGAGAAUUCUUUUGUUUCGGUAUGGAUAUUCUGCUUAAGCUUGAUUUACAAGCAACAAGAAGGUUUUUUGAUGCUUUCUUUGACCUGGAACCUCGUUAUUGGCAUGGAUUCUUGUCGUCCAGGCUAUUUCUUCCAGACCUCUUACUUUUUGGGCUCUCCCUUUUCUAUCAUGCCUCAAAUACUUCUAGGUUAGAGAUAAUGGCAAAAGGCACUGUUCCCUUGGUAAAAAUGAUAAACAACUUAGUAAAUGAUAAAGAAUAAUUUAAGAUAUAUCUAGGAUUUCUAUUUUCCUUGUUUAUUCCCAAUGUGUCAUCAGGCUUAUGCCUCUUUAACCUUAUCAAUUUGAGUUACAUGUUUGUUCAUAUUUUCAUUUCUCAAACUCAAGAGGCCUCAGGAUUAGGAUGUCUCUCAACUUCUCUACAUUGUACAUAACAGUAGACAUGUCACUCACCAUCUCACUCAUAAAUCUUAAUUUGUACUUCUCCAAUACCUGUUAA